GACAAUGGUCUUUUCCAGCUCCAGCUUAUCACAGCAGAAUUUGUAACAUGCCAUAAUUUCUUCACCCCGGUGUGCGUGUGUGUGCGUGCGUGCGUGCGUGUAUAUGUGUGUGCAUCCCGGGGAAUCAGAUGUCAUUACGCGUCGCGGCUAACGUUUUUACCUCCCCUUCCUCCUCUUCCUCCUGCUCCUUCUUGCGCGUUUUAUUUGUCGUUAUUUGCGUUGACCAUGCCAGCGGCGGGGACCAGCCGCACCUUCCCGAUCGGAUCCUCGGCGUCGCUGGAUGUUCGCGCUGAGCAAGCCUCCUAGGAUUGUCCUGCUUGAUGGUAUAAGCUGAGAGGACUGCGGUUGUCAUUGAUCCUCCACUGAUAGUAAAGGGAGAAAAUCCAGAGCCAAGAUGAUGUGCGAGGUGAUGCCCACCAUCAGCGAGGACACGGCGCUGAGCCAGCGCGGCUCUCAGAGCAGCGCCUCGGACCCGGACUCCCACUUCGAGCAGCUGAUGGUCAACAUGCUGGACGAGAGGGACCGGCUGCUGGACACGCUGAGGGAAACCCAGGAGAGCCUCGGACUGGCCCAGCAGCACCUUCAGGACGUCAUCUACGACAGAGACUCGCUGCAGCGCCAGCUCAGCUCCGCCCUGCCACAGGAGUUUGCUGCACUGACCAAGGAGCUGAACGCCUGCAGGGAGCAGCUGCUGGAGAAGGAGGAGGAGAUUUCUGAGCUGAAAGCGGAGAGGAACAACACCAGGUUGCUGCUGGAACAUCUGGAGUGCCUGGUGUCCCGACAUGAGCGGUCGCUUCGUAUGACGGUGGUCAAGCGGCAGGCUCAGUCUCCCUCAGGAGUCUCCAGCGAGGUCGAGGUCCUCAAAGCGCUCAAGUCCCUGUUUGAACACCAUAAAGCCCUCGAUGAGAAGGUAAGAGAGAGGCUACGAGUGUCGCUGGAGAGGGUGUCUGCCUUAGAGGAGGAGCUCACAGCAGCCAAUCAGGAGAUUGUGGCCUUACGGGAGCAAAAUGCUCACAUCCAGAGGAAAGUGGCAUCUGGAGAGGGAGGAGAGGACAUCCUGGAGGGCAGUGAAGCUCAACAGAAGGUCCAUGGCAAGCGUCUGUCCAACGGCUCUCUGGAGUCGGCCCACGAGGCGAGCCAGGUGGUGGAGCUUCAGGACCUGCUGGAGAAGCAGAACUACGAGCUGGCCCAGAUGAAGGAGCGCAUGUCCUCGCUUUCCUCCCGGGUGUCCGAGGUGGAACAGGAGCUGGAGACCGCCCGCAAGGACCUCAUCAAGUCAGAGGAGAUGAACAACAAGUACCAGAGGGACAUCAAAGAGGCCAUGUGUCAGAAGGAGGACAUGGAGGAACGGAUCGUCACGCUGGAGAAACGCUACCUGAGCGCCCAGCGAGAGUCCACCUCCGUGCACGACAUCAAUGACAAGCUGGAGAACGAGCUGGCCAAUAAGGAGGCGUUCCUCAGACAGAUGGAGGAGAAGAACCGGCAGCUACAGGAGAGGUUGGAGCUUGCAGAGCAGAAGCUCCAGCAGACCAUGAGGAAGGCCGAGACGCUGCCGGAGGUGGAGGCCGAACUGGCCCAGAGGAUAGCAGCCCUCACCAAGGCGGAAGAGCGUCACGGGAGCAUUGAGGAGCGAAUGAGGCACUUGGAAUGCCAGCUGGAGGAGAAGAACCAGGAGCUGCUGAGGGCUCGACAGAGAGAAAAGAUGAACGAAGAGCACAACAAGCGACUCUCAGACACAGUGGACAGACUCCUCACAGAGUCCAACGAACGUCUGCAGCUCCACCUGAAAGAGAGAAUGGCAGCACUAGAAGAAAAGAAUUUGUUAAUUCAAGACUCAGAGGGUUACAGAAAACAGUACGAGGAGUCGAUCCAAGAAAAAUCGCAGCUGGCAGACGAGAUUGAGAAACUGAGAUCAGAGCUCGACCAGUUCAGACUGAGGGCAGGAUCCCUCACAGAACCCACCCUGUCACGGUCUCAUCUGGACACGUCGGCCGAGCUUCGAUUCUCUUUGGGAUCUCUGGCUGAAACCCAGUCGGAUCACUACCGCUCAGCCAAGGUCAUCCGCCGGCCGAGGAGAGGUCGAAUGGGCCUGCGUGAACCCAAGGCAAAAUCCCUGGGCGAGCAUGAAUGGCGCUCCCAGCAGUUGGGGGUCCUGGGGGGCCACCACUUCGAGAGCGAUACCGAGAUGUCGGACAUCGAUGACGACGACAGGGAAACUCUGUUCAGCUCCAUGGACCUGCUCUCCCCCAGCGGCCACUCCGAUGCACAAACUCUGGCCAUGAUGCUGCAGGAGCAGCUGGACGCCAUCAACAAGGAGAUUCGGCUGAUCCAGGAAGAGAAGGAGUCCACGGAGCUGCGGGCGGAGGAGAUUGAGAACCGGGUGGCCAGCGUCAGCCUCGAGGGCCUCAACCUGGCUCGAAUGCACCACCACGGAGCCUCCAUCACUGCCUCAGCCACCGCCUCCUCCCUGGCCUCCUCCUCCCCUCCCAGCGGACACUCCACCCCAAAACUGGACCCCCGAAGCCCCGCCCGUGACAUGGAGCGCAUGGGGGUCAUGACACUGCCCAGUGAUUUGAGGAAACACAGGAGAAAGAUAGCGGCGGUUGAAGAGGAUGGCCGCGAGGACAAGGCCACAAUUAAGUGUGAGACAUCCCCACCUCCAACGCCACGCACUGUCCGAAUGACACACACACUGCCAGCCUCCUCGCACAACGACGCACGAGGGAUUGUGGCCUCUCUGGAGGCUGAGGCCAGCGCCCUAAGUAGUGUAGCCAGCAGCCAAGACUCCCUCCACAAACAGCCAAAGAAGAAAGGCAUCAAGUCGUCCAUCGGGCGACUGUUUGGCAAGAAGGAGAAAGGCCGACUGGCACAUCUAGCACACAGACAGGUCAUGGUAGAUCCACACGCGACUAUGAUGGACCCAGACAUGGCGGGCCAGGACAUGGGGGUGGGCAAGUUGGGAACUCAGGCCGAGAAGGACCGCAGAUUGAAAAAGAAACACGAGCUAUUGGAGGAGGCCAGGAGAAAGGGUUUACCCUUCGCCCAGUGGGACGGACCCACAGUGGUAGCCUGGCUGGAGUUGUGGUUGGGGAUGCCGGCCUGGUACGUGGCGGCGUGCCGAGCCAACGUGAAGAGCGGUGCCAUCAUGUCGGCCCUGUCCGACACCGAGAUCCAGAGGGAGAUUGGAAUCAGUAACCCUCUGCACCGGCUCAAACUUCGCUUGGCCAUCCAGGAAAUGGUCUCCCUCACCAGCCCCUCGGCCCCGCCCACCUCCAGAACCCCAUCAGGCAAUGUAUGGGUGACCCAUGAGGAGAUGGAGACCCUGGCAGCCCCUUCCAAAACGAAGUCAGAGUCUGAAGAGGGAAGCUGGGCACAGACUCUUGCUUAUGGCGACAUGAACCAUGAGUGGAUAGGGAACGAGUGGCUGCCCAGUCUAGGACUACCUCAGUACCGCAGCUACUUCAUGGAGUGCCUAGUGGACGCUCGCAUGCUGGACCACCUCACCAAGAAGGACCUGAGGGUGCACCUUAAAAUGGUGGACAGCUUCCACAGAACAAGUUUACAGUACGGCAUCAUGUGUCUGAAGAAGCUCAACUACGACCGAAAAGAACUGGAGAGACGCAGGGAGCAGAGCCAGCAUGAAAUGAGAGACGUGCUGGUGUGGAGUAAUGAGCGGGUCAUCCGCUGGGUGCAGAGUAUAGGCCUGAGGGACUACGCCAACAUCCUGCUGGAGAGCGGUGUGCACGGCGCUCUGGUCGCCCUCGACGACAACUUUGACUACAGCAGCCUGGCGCUGCUCCUCCAGAUCCCCAACCAAAACACUCAGGCACGUCAGAUUCUGGAGCGAGAGUACAAUAAUCUGCUGGCGCUGGGCACUGACAGGAGGCUGGAUGAGUGUGACGACAAAGACUUCCGAGGUCCGUCGUGGCGGAGGCAGUUCCCUCCCCGGGACGUCCAUGGUAUCAGUAUGAUGCCUGGAUCAGCAGAAACGCUCCCCGCAGGAUUCCGCCUCACUGCGACGUCCGGUCACUCCCGAAGACUGCCCCCUGAAGUCCUCUAUGAGGCGCUGGAUGACAGUCCUGACGACAUGUAUUUGGAUUGGUUUCAAGUCGGACCUUCUGCGGUGCAGCGACUGGACAGCUCCACGGUGAGAACCUACUCCUGCUGAGAGGAGGAAGAGAGGGACCUUAAACUGUACGCUGUACAGUUCUGAACGGAGACUAACUAGUGGAGCUGCUGGACGGGCCGACCCUGCUGAGGAGUGAACCAUUCUGACGACACGCACUGCCAAGAAGCCCUGCUCUCCUCCCUGACCCACCACCCCCCACCCCGAUGCCCUGCUCCAUCCCCUAUAAUGUGAGCACCAGAUGCUGGUGCUAAACUGUCCUGCAGGCCGCCCCCCUCCGUUGUCACCAUUUCUACCUUUUACAUGUACAGUAACUUGUCAAAGCAUAAUGUACUGUGUAUUUCUUCUACAGGAGAUGUGUAGGUUAUCUGUAAAUUAAUAUAAAUAUGCCAUUUUUAAUAUAUACACACAUCUAUGUAUAAAAAAAAAAAGAUAUUCAGUUUGUGCAAAAAAUACGUCCCUGCCACCUCAUUUAGUGGACCAUAGAUUAAUAUAUGCUGCUCUUUAAACUCUCUCCAUAUUACCCCCGUCCCUCUAGAUCAUUUUGUACAUACGGUUUUAUUUUUUCAUUGUGCUAAUGAUGAUGAUGAUGAUGAUGAUGAUGAGGAACCUGUGCUGCACCAUAUGGAGAGGAAGCGAUUGUGGAUGUCGUGUGAAAGCCUGCCCUCUAGUGGCGAACACAGGAAAAACAAGCACCACUCCGAGCCCGAGUCAACAAAACUUCAUUAUCCUUUCGGAGCAUUUUAUGAGGACGUGUCGACGCACUGGAACAAACCUGACAAGCACUUUCAUACAACCGCAUCAACUCAACGGACUCUUUAGUAGCCAAGGACGGAACAAGAGACGCCGUCGCUCUCCGAAGUUGCACAAAACUUGCCCUCAGAGAACAAAAAGAAAGCAGUACGUCGUCCGUAGAAGCCGUCACUCGUACUGUAUGUUUUGUCGGGCGACACAUUAACACAAAAAGGACAACUACACUUUUCAGCCAAGCUGGCCUUCUCCCCCGAACCCUUCGGACACUUAAACCGAUGAAAUAACUGAAAGACAGACUGCUUUAGCUCAUAGUGUGUGUAGAGUGUAUAUGACCAUGUCGAAGUGAGGUGACUUAAUGACAAAAAAAACCCUGUUGCUUGCCGUGACUUACAUUUGGUGUAACUGUUAACUCUUUGUUUCCGUCAGAGUUUCCAGGGUGACCCGUUGUACAGCCCUGUUUUCUGUCUUUUGGUUAUUUCCCACGGACAACUCAAAACGACGUCUUCUCAUUUCGUUUUUACAUCUUCAAUUUGCACGAACGAUGAAUCAUUUUAUUUUGUGUCCAUUUUUUUUAUUUAUUACUUCUUGUACUUUGGUCAAAACUAAGUGGUGAGCAAACAAAUUUUCAUUGUCAAUAAAAUAAAAAACUCAGUGAA